AGAUGUCGUACGCGCACAUGUCUGAACGCGGUUCGUAUUAUCUGACGUACGUUUAAUAGCACUCAGGAGCCACCUCGUGGCUUAAAGACAACCUUUCGGGAGGGAAGAGCCCGCGCAUUUCGCGAAUUGUCGCUGUUGUCGGUAGCCCUGUAGUCCAGCUAGAUACACGUUCACAUUUAACAAGUAACAGCAUUGCGACACGCGACCGUUGACUGAGCGGUUUUCAGUAUAUAAUUUUGCUGAUUUUUACGACUGAUUGUAACAUGAAAUAAAUUUUUAUUUUAAUUAUGUGUUACAUGGAAUUUUAUUUGUUUCGAUGGUAAAUCAGUUAGACCACCAGAAAAUAUGAUUCAUCACGGUAAAUACAAAUCGAUCCUAUGUGCGCGUAAUUGUUAUUAGAAGACAAUACGUAUGAUAUGUUGCAUACGAGCUUCGCUGAUGAUUACAUUGUCUGAUCGGUAAAAGGAAAACAUUUAGUGUGCGGUAGUGGACGUAACUUGAUCGUGCGCAUUGAUAGAACGAUAAUCAUUGUACUGUAUAUUAAACAUUUGUUGUGUCGGGGACUAUUUGUGCUCGAAAAGUUAUGUAUGUAACCACGCGAUUCGGUUUCAAACCAAUAACGUUCACUAAUUCGCGUUCCUUCCUCAGAUAAGAGUUUUAAAAAUACUUCCUUUGUAACCGUAACUAUAUGUGCAUAGAGAAAUAUUUGUAAAGAACGUCGUGUUCGUAACAUAUUCACACGUAUUGUCACUUUUCGAAGCAACAUGGCUGUACUUCCCCUUGGGCUGGCUAGAGAUAACGAAUGGUACCUCAUAAUUUACAGUUAAUGGAUACUUUAAACGACAGAACGUUGCUUUUCAAGAUAGUCUAAUGCAGCAUUUGCAACGGAAACCCGUUUCGAUGCUCGACGAUUAUGUUAAGCUAACGAAGAACACAGGGAAAUCGACGUAGAAUGUUUCGACUCGCGGUGAUAAAAUGUCAUUUAACUAUGACGCCCGAUAAACCCUUGCAAUCGUACAUUUCGGAUCGCCAGUAAAAAUCAAAGGCGUCCCACGUUCGUUUUGUACACGAACUAUGAUGUCAUACCGCAGUGCGCACCAACGACAACGAGAUUAACGGCCUUGGCGGGGAAAAUAGUUUUUACAGCGUAGACAGUUUUACUCUCGCGUACGAAUAUUAUCUAGCAAUGUAAUAAAUAAGUUACCCCUUCUACAAAAGCAUCGUUUGUACGCGUGGUAUACCGUAAGUCGUAACUGCAUGAGGAUUAGCACUGAAAUCAAUCGAUAGAAAGAUUUAUCGAUACGAUAUUAAUUCGCGUUAGAUCGUAGGCGAAAUUUGCUAAACGAGAUCUUUGAAAUACAUAUCUGCUAAAUCGGUUAGACGUGCUUGCGAAAGCAGCGAAGCAAUGCUAAUAAAUUAUAUAAUAUACAACAUCUAAUGCUCGAUCGUAGAAGCUUGGUAUGCCAACGAAUAUGAAGUUCCUGGAAUUUAUAGCGGGGUUUAGUAACAUACGCGUCAAUUUCGAAGAAUUCUGAAUUUGUGCGGAGCGCUCAGAUAAGGAAAAAUAUCGAAUCGAUGCAUCGGGCCCUCAAAGGUAAGGCGCCCAUGGUGCAGGUCGAACGUUACGUUCCUGGUGUACAGAGCCCGCGAGGGCUGGUGGGAAAGAGAGAGGUGGUCCGGCAAUCGGAGCUCAUAGGAGCGAGACGAAGAUAGAGGGCGAGAGAGGAACGCGAGGGCCGAGGCACACACCAUCGAGUAUCAACCAGCUGGUUGGCAAGGGAGCCGCGAGCAGUCGCCAGUGAGACGCGGCACCCCGCGAGAGAUCGUCCGCUGUUUGUUCGUCCGUACGUUCGUACGUACGUCCGUGGUCGGUCUCCCUUCCUUCCGCCUGAAUCCAGCUAUCGUGGUCGUGCGUACGUUCGUUCGUUCGUUCGUCCGGUUUGUGAGUGGUGUGUCUCCUCCGAUCGCCUUUGCUUCUUUGGACGACACUCGCCCCCGGUCGCGGCCAUCGUCUUUCUCUCUGUGUGUCAACCAAGUAUAUAUAUACACCUAUAUAUAUAUAUACACGUUAUAUACGCGCGCGCACACACACAAACGUAUACAUACGCUCGUUGCACGCAGAGGCAUACAUACACAUACGCGUUAUAUAUCUCUUUCUCUCUCCCCGUUUCACUCUUGUGUGUGCGUGACGAACGAGCCAAGAUGGCCGCCGAUUCAGGAAUGGAGACGUGUCCCUCCCCGGAGAUUGCAGACUCCAGGAAGCGGCCACUCGAUUGCGACACGGAAAAUGGCGCGACGAAGAGGUCACAUUACGGAUCAGGAGGAGAUGGAACGUAUCACCUCAAAGUAUUGGUUCCUGGUGUGGCUGCAGGAGCUAUUAUUGGAAAAGGUGGAGACACCAUUGCCCAAUUACAAAAAGAUACAGGAGCUAGAGUCAAAAUGUCUAAAUCUCAUGACUUCUACCCAGGAACCACAGAAAGGGUAUGUUUAAUAACAGGCAGUUUGGAGGCCAUAAUGGCAGUCAUGGAUUUUAUUAUGGAUAAGAUACGUGAGAAACCAGAUCUCACAUUGAAAACAACUGUUGACUUUGAAUCUGGAAAGACUACAGCAGAGAGAGACAAGCAGGUCAAAAUUUUGGUACCUAAUAGCACAGCAGGAAUGAUAAUAGGUAAAGCUGGAAAUUAUAUUAAACAAAUUAAAGAAGAAUCUGGGUCGUACGUUCAAAUAAGUCAAAAAGCAAAAGACGUAUCUUUGCAAGAAAGAUGUAUAACGGUGAUCGGAGAAAAAGAGAAUAACCGUAAUGCAUUAAUGAUGAUAUUAGCAAAAGUGGCAGACGACCCGCAAAGCGGUACAUGCCCUAAUGUUAGUUACGCUGACGUAAGCGGUCCUGUAGCCAAUUACAAUCCAACGGGCAGCCCUUAUGCUCAAGCUCCGACAACUACUCCCACGUAUACUUCUACGGCUGGCAUUAACACAGUUAGUCUCUUGAAUGGUGCUGGUCUCAGUUUGAACUUGAACUUAGGAGCUGCAAUAACAGCGGGCACAACACCCGUAACAACGCAAUUGUUGGAACAUAUAAAGUUAAAUUUACGGACAUCGGGUUUCUCGGAACCUGCUGCCACCGAAAUUUUGUCUGCUAUUGCAACUCUCGCCAAGUACAACAUCCUCGGGAUGGGCAUUGGGAUGCCCUCGAGCAUGAGUUACCUUGGAAAUCCUAUGGACACUACCACUACAGCGAACGGUUCGAACAAUAACGGCGGAGUGUUUGGGCCAAUUGGAACGGUUCCUGCUCUCGGAUCGACUUCACCAACGCCACGCAAUACGCUCGACAGAUAUGAACCCUUUGAUCCGUUCAGACAGAACAACACAGCCGCCAGUGCUAUUCAUCUAAACAACAAUUCGUUUGGCCUGGGCACUAACCAGUUAUCGCUUGUAAGUAAGAGUCCUACACAGGUAGACGCCAACAACAAGGAGACCAAGAAAGUAGACAUAGAAAUUGCAGAGGUUAUAGUGGGAGCUAUUCUGGGACCCGGUGGUCGUGCCCUCAUUGAGAUUCAGCACUUAAGUGGCGCCAACAUACAAAUCUCUAAGAAGGGCAUGUUCGCUCCUGGUACCAGGAACCGCAUAGUGACUAUCACGGGUUAUCCUAAUGCGAUCGGCACUGCUCAAUAUUUAAUUGAGCAGAGGAUCAGCGAAGAGGAGGCAAAACGAGCACGUCAGAAUGCCCUCGCCAAUAUAAUCCAUUGAUUUCAAGUACAGUACUUUUGUUCAUCCCCAUUAUUGAGCUCCGUUAUUCACCUCUUCGCAUUUUGAGAUGAUGGCGCGGUAGCUCUCUUCUCCUGUCUUUUAAAACACUCGUCCACCACUACCACCUACCACCCGUUGUCAUCUAUCGCUACAUCACUAUAGCGCUUGCAUUCUCACAUCACUAUUCAUGCAUCCAUCAUGGCUCGUCAACAUUUAUCAAUCUUUUAAGAUAAUUAUGAUAUAUAAAUAUUACAUGUUAUAUGAUAACUACUACAAUUGUUCUGUGAUACACCACGUUACGGGGCUUUAUCACGAAUAACACACAUACCACAUCAGAGUCACAUAAUAUAUCUAGUUGUAUGGUAUAGCAUAUUGAAAAGAUGGCAUGAUAAAACCUAUUGUUCCAUUAGAGAUGAAAUGGCACAAUUCGGCCAUAAUAUUACUCUUGAAAGAUCGAGACAGAGAUGUUUACAUGGAUAAUUGUUUCGUUUUAUAAAAACAAUUUUUUCCUUUUUUUUUUUUAUAGAAGCAUAAUCCAACUACUGAUACGAGACACGCUUAGUUACAAGGUCAUACAGAACUCGCAAUUGAAUGACUUCGAUUCGAAGAUUAGUACUUUGUUUAGUGUCCUGUAACUCAACUUACAUUCGUUUUUACAAAAAGAUUCCAUAAUUAUUGUAUUGAACUGUUCCUUGAACUAUGAAAUGAUUAGGCUGUUUGAGCGAUGUUACUCUUGCUUGACAUACUAUUUUAACGCGUUUUUUAAGUACGGAAUAAUACCUUGGCAAAACCAAAGAUCUUACAUAUACGAGGCAGAAAUAACUUGGCUGGAAGAUAAAUAUAUAUACAAAGGGAGAGCUAUUCUACGUAUAAAAAUAUAUAUUUAUAUAUUUACGAUGCUGGCUGGUCCAGCUAAACGAGUAACAUAAUACCUUAUUGCCAAGUUUUAUUCUCAACCCUGAAGCUUUUAUUUCUCAAAAGAAACUUCUUCCAACUGUAUAUUAUCGUGCUUAGAUUAGUGUACACGAAAUUAUAUUAGCGUCGAGUCUCACUAUUUCUUUACAUAUGCCUUAAGAACGGAGAGUUCGUUCUACCAAGGCGCUAGGAUAAAUACGACUCGGUUCGUUCAGACGCGAUUCACGAGCAAUGAUUUCACUACGGUUACAACACGAUCUUGUAGAUAACACUUCGUAUAUUAAAACUUUCGUCUAAUUAUUUUUAGUUUCAAGGUUUAUCAGUUGAAUACAAUUCGGAUUAAUAACAGUUUUACAUUUGUCGACACUUGCUAAAUGAAAAGCUCUGACAAAAACCUUGUUUUCGUCAUUCCUUUACGUUAUAGUUUGCAUGAAUACAAUUUUUAUUAUCACGUUGAAAUGUUUAUAUUUGUAUACAUGCGUUCUCAAUAGUUUAAUUGUCAAUCAUAUUUCCUCCCGUCAACGUGUUCGUUUCUCUUUGUUUCAAAAAAAAGAAAAAAAAAAGCAAACAAACAAACUUUUACGACAGUUUUAUUAAUGUAUUGAUAUUAUACAUAUUGAACAUAGGAAAAGAAGUUCCGUUUAGCCAACGUUUCUUUUCCGUGCAAUGAUCGAAGUACCUUAGGCAUAGCAUGAAAAUUGAGAUUAUUUGAUUACACGUGUUUACUCUUGCAUAUAGAGUCUGUUAUGAUCAGCAGCCCAUGUCAUACAACCUUGGGUUCUGUAUGAUACUGCUUUAUAUAAGAUUCUAUUUAAGCCAACCAAAUCUUUAACCGUUGCACUUUGACAUUGAAUCAAAUCAAGUUAGAUAGAGAAUGGAUUUUAGCUAGUAAUAAUCUUGUCUGUGUUGAUAAUUAUUGGUAUAAAAUACAGCUACGCUCUAUUGCUAGGUGAGAAAGGAUUACACCAUCUAUCGAUAACAGACAGUUACGAAUCAUUGUUUUGUUAGGGGGUAGGUAAUAGAAGAAAAAAGGGGGUGGUAUAAGGGAUAGGCGAUAAUCAAUAAUGGGUUUAGUUCAAAUAACUGAGAAAAAGUUAGCUAUAGCGUCAAAUGAAAUAUAUAAAUGUACACGAGUACAAUUCGUAGCUGAAGGCGCUGGCUCACCGCUCUUUAAUAUAAUAACUUGUAUAUUUAUAAAUAUCGUAUAACAUGAGUAAUAAUAAUAUAUUACACAGAGAGAACGAGAGAGUGAGAGACAGAGAAAAUAAAUUUAUAUGUUUGCGCGUGUGUUGUGUGUGUGUGUGGUGAGCGUGUAUAUGUAUAUACACACGUAAGUGUAUGUAUAUAUAUAUACAUACGCGCGCGCACACAUGAAAAGUUUGAAUUAGAUUAUUAAAAAAAGAGAAUUCAUAUAUCUAAAAGAAAAAAAAUAAUAUAUAUGUGUAUAUUUAUAUAUACACAGGCACAAACGUAUAUAUGUAUAUGUGUGCGCGCGUGUGUGUAUGUAUAUAUAUUUGUGCCUGUAAAACGAACAUAUAUAUAAAGAAACAUAUAAAUAUAUAUAAAUAUAUAUAUAUAGAAUGGAAUGAUAUUAUAAACAUUGUUGGUAAAAUAUUUUUGCGUCCGCGUACGUGAAACAUGGUUUUAAGUUUAUCCAUAAAUUCUAUGUGAACUAUAAUCAAUUGAACUUCACUGUGUUGCCCAAAUACAUUGAAAAGGAAGUUACAGAAUACGCAAAUGAUGCAAACUACACAAUGACACAGAAGAUGCAAACUAUUAUUAAGUUGCUGUAGAUAGAUCAAUUCGAAAAUUUUAAAUAGAACAUGCUACGAAUGUCACGUAUAUAUAGCAAUUAAUUUAAUUUAUAAAUCGAUUUAUUUGAAUGGUCAUCGCGCUAUUACUACUAACGGCAGCAUAAUAUUUCUCUACGUUAGCUACGUACAGUAAUUUCUCACUAAUCAUCCGCAUCAUCACAUUAGAUCUAUUAUUGGCAAUUCUCAGUCUAAUCUUAUUGCCAGUCUUUUUUUUUUGUUUUUUUUUUAAUUAUUAUUAUUAUUAUUAUUAUUAUUAUUAUUUCUACUUUAUAACUCACUCGUUGACUGCUGAUAGCCAGGUGUGUUCGAAAUGAUUUGAGUAAAACAAGAUGUACUAAAAAAAUUCGAUAUCUUAAUUUAUGCAUCGAUUCAUACUUCUGUCAUGCGUAAUGCUCACGAAUACUUGUACUAGUGUACCUAAAUCUAGCAACGCACUAAAUUUGUACAUUAUAAAGUAGAUUAAAAACUUAGCUUCGCUUCGACAAGGGUUUCUACAUACUUUGUGCUUGUUACAAGUAACAGUUUUCUUCCUUUACAUUUUUUUUAAUUUUUUUUUUUUAUAAGCAAGGAAAUAUGUUUUUUUUUUUUUAACGCAGAAUAUUUCGUUCUAAUGAAUUAACGUAUUCAGUGUUACGUCAUCAGAGAGCUGCAAUAUUUUUAAUAUUAUCGAUACAUUGAACAAUCGUUAUCGCGACUUUCUCUCACCUGAUUUCUCGUAAACGAAAAUCAAAGCAAUUAUCUUCGUUCGACUCGAUCGAUGUAUAGGUAUCAAAUUAUUCAUGCGCAUUGAUAAAAAAAAGUAGCAUAUUCUCGCGAUUAAAUCUCCAUGCCAAAACAACUUGUAGGUAGCACAAGGUAAUUAGAUUAGGUUACGGUUUUCUCAGUAAACACAUUCCUUAGUAGAACAGAUUACGUAUAAGACUAGCUGUGAUGGAGUUGAGGGAUAUGUUCAUCGGCUGCCAGUACAUGAAAAAAAAAAUGCCACGAUACGAUUGGUAGCGUGUUAAAUUAGAGAAUUUAUUUGCGCAGGAAAAGUAACUCGAUGGCAUACGAAAAAAGUUCAUCGCCAAGGAGUAAACAAGAACGGAUGAUUUCUCUGCGUAACGUAGCAGUGUUAGCGUUGAACACGCAGAAAAGCAAAAUUUUAUGCACAAUGACAUCUAUAAGAUUCUGUCAAGAUGUCACGGACGAUCUUGCGAUAUCCGUUUCCCGUUGUUAUUGUUCGAAACGUUACGAUCUUCUUGCAUUAUUGCUAAGAAAUAAAAAAAAGAGAUACGUAUACAAAAACCAUAGCGAUCAGUCAGUCUAAAUAUAAGUAUGUAUUUCCUUUUUGCAAUUUCUACGUCCGUACAAUGUUAGUGUCGUCGAUAUUAGAAAAGAAUCCUAAGUGUUCAUCGGGUAGUAAAACUAACUGUGCAUUAAAAAAGUUUAUUGUUCGCACGUUUGAGCAAAGAUCAAUCUCGAAUACUUCACUUUACAUUCUCAGAUUUCGCGUGUCGCGUUGAGUUGAAUCUAUUUGUCGCGCGUUCAACAAUUUCCGUCUUUUCAUCGGCAAAAAAAAUACAGAGGGUGACUUAGUAUUAGUGUCAGAACCGGAAAUGGGAGGUAGUUGAGACGAUUCUGAACGACAAUUUCCUUUGCGAAAUUGUGGUUCAGAAUCGUCUCAGCUACCUCCCAUUUCCGGUUCCUACAUUAAUUCUGGGACACCCUGUAUACACAUGAAUACCUCUACUCAAAGUGGCAAAAAGAACAGUAUUGGUUGGCCAGUCAAUGUUACCUACGAGUUGUUUAACGAGAAAACACACUGUUAGAGACUAAUUAAGUCGGCAAACGUAUUUGGAAGGAUCUUUAACGCAUACAACGCUUCGUCUUUGUACAGUUCAAGGUAGAUUUCAUUGUUCAUUCUCUAUGUAAAGAUGAUCACGCGACCUCUAAUCGUCGUGGAAUAAUCGUACACGAUUAAUAGGUAUAGAUGUUGUAGAUAGUCUGAAAUUUCAUAUAAAAGUGGUCGUUACAGGCUCGACGUUUUAAUCCAAUUAAUACGAGACGAAAUAUUUACGGAAUGGAUAAAAGUAAUUAUACUCUCUCGCACGUGGAAACGUAGUUGUAUAGUAAAACAAAGGGAGAAACGAUGAAAAAAAAAAAACUGUAGGAAUUGCAUCGACUUGCCUCGACUCUAAUAUGACUAUAUUAUUACAGUAAAUAUGAUUCAAUUUUGACACACGUGUCGCCACGCGGGGGUGGUUUUGCGUGUCACGUUACUUGGCUGUGUGUGCUAGGCUACAUCGUAUAACUCAUGUUCCAUCAUCCAUCACUCCACUCGCAUAGAAUCCAGUUACCUUUACAGAACGAAACAAAGAGGGGGAGAGAAAAAAGAAAUAAACAGGAAGAAUAACGAUGAUUCAUCGUUAAGUAAUAAAUAUUCGUACGAAAAUGGAAAUACGCUAAAGGAAGGGUCGAUGAAUAUUUAAUACAACGGAAAAGAGAACAAAUUACUUUUCCGCACAUUCACAUACACACACAUACACACACCACCUAAUCACUUUAGUGCCAUAUUGAUAUCCCAUCAGCCACACUUGUUGACGUUUUAACGGUAGAACGUGUUGUUAAAGAUGUGUAUAUUCUGCAAUAUAAAGCAGGUUGUUUUGAAUAAAGUCGGAAUACAUUUUAUUUCACAUUAUAUAUAAAUAUAUAUAAAUAUAUAUGUAUAAAUAUAUACAUAUACAUUUAUAUAUAUAAUCGUUACAAAGUAUUAUAAAACAUUCACCACCUGUAUAUUGAUUAUUUAGGUUGUCGCCAGUGUACAAAGAAUUGUUACACAGCUACAGAGGGAUUUAAGUUAAUAGGAACACAGUACCUUACGCUUGUAUGCCACCGAAUUUUACUCGCACAAGUGGGAAACGAAGACAGUGCCAUUGCCACAGCAGCCACAGAUGGGAAACGGUCGCGGAUGGGGUAGUGUCGUCCACUAAUUAAUAUUCACACGGUUUUGGUAAACAUCAAAAGUUCUCGUUAUACCUGUGAUGUUUUAUAGAGAAGGCAUAAGAGAUUUAUUAAUACAAUUAGUGGAACAUAUGUGCGAAGAGUGUCUAAAGGAAUAUAAAAAAAUUCAAUAAUUUAUUCGUUAAAAUCAAUGUUUGUGUUGAACAUCAGAGGUAUCUUCACGAGAGUAUCCCCUACGAAUUGGUGACGUAUCUUUGGCGAAAUUGAAUCCAAACACGACUUCAUUCGGGCUAUUUUUUCACUUGUGAAAAUCUUCCAAUUUUUUAUAAUUAAAGAUAAUCCGACCGAGGUUUCUGUUGGACUCACUUUCGUGAUACAAACCUUGUCCAUUCGUUCGCGAUACUCUCACGAAGACGCAAUGAAAUGUAUAAAAAUAGAAAUGUUGAUUAGUGGACAUCUCAUCCCGCGAGCGAUGAUGUUUACCUGUCCAAGCUCGCUGGCAUUGCUCUAUCCCGUUCACUUUUAAUGUACAUAUCCCAUUAUCUGUCGCGUCAGAUGAUCCAAUAGAACCUCGAUCAUUGGACGACAUAUGGAUUGUAAAUGUCUACAAUAAUCGAAGUAACGAGUCAGUAUAAUAUCAAUUUUUCUGCCAGGGAUAGGCAAAAUACACGUCCAGGCGAUAAUUUCCAAUAACGAAUAAAAGACGCGCGACUUUUUAUCCGUUAUUUGUCAAAUAAACAGGGGACUUGCGAAAAAUGAAAUGAUCGGUGUACUGUGUUUUCAUUCAUCUAUUGUUCGUCUAUUAUUAUAAAAUUUUGCCCGUCUCUGCUUGUUGCUUAGCGACCAUCCCCUCUGCUCGUCGACAACACGCGAUGAUGGAGGCCUCCCGUGCAGUAAUCGAGGUUCUAUUGUGCAUGCAACGAUAUUGCUAUCUUCACUGGAUGUAUAGAAACACGAGUGGAACCGAUUCGGGGUGCAUAGAAGCGAGAGUUACUGUAUGUAAUAAUGAUUUAUCACGAUACGACAAGACACAAGAAUUGUUCGAUCCGCAUCCUCGAGUUUCUUUCUUUUUCUUUUUCGUUUGCGUAACGUAGCGAUGGAAAUUCUUUCUGUAAAUAAUGCAACAGUUUCUCGAUUAGGCGAACGACGCGUUUCGACGCGCGGAUUAUUCUUCUAGUUAGAAAAUGAAAAAAAAACAAACAAAGAAAACAGAAAACGAGCAAUGGCUUUACUUGUAAAUCAAAUUCUCCAUUGCUUGUUCGUUCGGUGUGCGUUCAAUUCGCCGGAAUUAGAAUGCGAUAAAAACCGACGCAGGCCUCUGUUACAGCGACGAAACGUUUCGAUAGAGACACCGUGAUGUUUGUUAGACGUGCUUUUUCCUUUUUCGAGGCUACCAUUGUUUCCGACGAAACGUUGCAUUCGAACGCUUUAAGAAUUGUUAUAUUCUUCGGACGAUUCUUUUUACUGCCACUUUUUGCAAUGUUUCGCUAUAACGAAGCUAGAUGGAAAUUUACAAUAGUCGAAGGGAAUUUAAAAAAAAAAAUAAAGAAAUAAAGAAAGAAAAAA